ACGGCUUCUUCUGCCCCCAUCAAAACCCUAAUCACAUCCUUGAAAAUUUCACAAAACCUUGAAAUCCCAUUCCAAUGGCGUCUCUAACACCCGGAAUCCUCUUAAAACUCCUCCAAACAAUGAACACCAACACCCGGGUUACUGGCGACCACCGCUCCCCUCUCCUCCAGGUCAUCGGCAUCCUUCCCGCUCUCGCAGGAGGCUCAGACGACCUCUGGCCGAACCACGGGUUCUACGUUUCGCUAUCGGACUCGCUUAAUUCUACUUACGUGUCUCUGUCUGAUAAAGACACGGAUCUUAUACUCACGAAUCGGUUGCAGCUAGGGCAGUUUGUGUACGUUGAUAAGUUUGAGUUUGAUUGUCCGGUACCGCGUGCUUCUGGAGUGAGGCCGGUUGCUGGACGCCAUCCGUUUGUUGGGAGUCCUGAACAGCUUAUUGCGAGGGUUUCGAGUAGUAAGAGAGAGUUUGUGAUUCAGAAUGUUGAGGAUUCGGAUGAUCCUGUCGCUGCUUAUUUGUCCAGUAACAAGUUCGAUGAACAGAAGGAGGGUAGAAACAGACAAGUACUUGCACCUAAAGAGAAUGUGAAUAAUGUUGAUGAAUCAACAAAGACUAUUGAAAAGGCUCCUCAAAGGUUUUCAAGCCCAUGCAUGAAGCAACAAAGGUCAAUGUCAGCAGGGAGAAAGAGCACAGUCGAACGGGACCCAUCGCCAGCUGGAAAAGCAAAACGAUCUUCUUCUCCAGUGCCCUCAAAGUGUGUAGUUCCUAGCUUAGUUGCAGCCAAAGAAGAGAACCGAAAGGUUGCAAAAGAGCCAGCCAUUAUUGUACCUUCAAGAUACAGACAACCAUCACCCAACGGAAGAAAACCCGCGUCCCCAAGUUCAAGGAGAAUGUCUAUGUCACCCGGAAGGCGAUUGUCUAGUGGAGUUAAGGUUUCUCAAGGAACAGAUUCCGGGAACAAGAAAAAAAUGACGACCAUAGCUGCUGAGAUCGGAUCUUCCACAAAGUCAACAGGGUCUUCUACAAAGUCGGUUGGAUCUUCCGCAAAGAUGAGUAGGAAAAACUGGGACGAGACACCCGGAGCUACAGAACCGAAAGAGAAAAGUGUUGGUAAAAGUAAGGUGGAUUUGCAAGCCAUUCUGAAAACUCAGGCUGCUCUUUCCAGACGUUUAAGCGACGCGCAUAAUCAAGAUGAUUUAGCAACCAUCGAAAAAGUCAAAGCUAGCUUGUGUGGCACUCCCACAACAGAUAAGACUGCUCUGGGAAUUACACUUCAUGAAAAGAAAUGGACCGAUGGUAGUGUGCCUCUCGAUGCAGUCUCCCUAAACCUAGCCAAGCUUGGACAGGAUGCGAUGCAGAGGAGAAAUCUGGCUUCAGUAGCUGCAGCCGAAGCUUUGCAAGAAGCACUUGCUACAGAAGCUCUUCUCAGGAGUUUUAGCAUGUUUGCAAAUCUUUGUUCAAUGUCAAAAGCCGUAAACCCUUUACCAACAAUCGAUAGUUUCAUGUCUGUAUAUAACGAUACUGUAAAAGCUACAGCAACAGCCGAAUCUGUUGCAAGCAACCAGAGCCAGAACCAGAACCGCAUGAUGGUUCAUGACAAUGCACCACCAACAGACCAUUCAAAGUCCCUAGCCCUAUGGGUGGAAGCCGCAUUAGCGACUGACCUUGAAGUUGUUUCCCUUUUAUCAAAAGAAGGGUUCGAGUCCCCAUCUCAACCCCAAAAACAAUCUUUACCUGAAACCAUGAAAAACCAUUUGAUGAUUUCUUCUUGCAAGUCUUCAUUUAGUGGAUCAUGGGUGAAAGGCAAUGGGAUGAAUGAGAGUGUCGAAUUAGGAAUGAGUUUGCAAAAGGAGAUGCAAACAUGGUUCUUGAAGUUUGUUGAGGAGUCACUAGAUGCAGGUUUUCAGGUUUUUGGCAAGAACAGUGGUAAUAGUUCUUCUGAUGUGGGUCCCAUAAAGGUGAUUUUGUCGCAGCUUAAACGAGUUAACGAUUGGUUAGAUCGUAUGAUCUCGAAGCAGGACGAGGUGUUGACUGGAGCGGUUGACCGGUUGAAGGGAAAGAUUUAUAGGUUUGUCAUUCAACAUGUUGGGACUACAUAUGACAACUCAUCUUGAUGAUGUUGGAUUCACUUGUUUUGGUGAUAAGAGAAACACAAAAGCUGCUGUUUUAAUUUAUGAUACUUUCAUAAAUUUGUAAGGUAUGGUAAUGCCACGCACGCAGAUAUGACUUGUAAAGCUUGUUUUGCCAUCUCUUUCUUUUAUUAUUAUUAUUAUUAUUCUAUUCUAUGUAA